UUUGGACUAGCAAUAUAUAAUCAGCAUGGGGGAGAAGAUCUCUCUACAAUCUACACGUUGACACACAGGAAAUCAAGAAACAAAUCGUACAAUGGCUCUCACCGAUGAUUUUAAGACUCUCACCAAUGCUUUCUCAGGGCUUGGAGUUGAUGAGAAGUCAUUGAUAUCAAUACUGGGAAACUCGCAACUUGAGGAGAGGAAAUGUUUCAGGAAAGGAACUCCCCAUUUGUUCAAAGAGGACGAACGCCUCUUUGAGAGGUGGAAUGAUGACCGUGUCAGGCUUCUCAAGCAUGAAUUCAUGCGCUUUAAGAAUGCUGUGGUGUUGUGGGCAAUGCAUCCAUGGGAAAGAGAUGCUCGCCUGGUGAAGGAGGCCUUGAAGAAAGGCCCUGAGGUCCAUGGUGUCAUUGUAGAGAUUGCAUGCACUAGAUCCUCAGAAGAGCUAUUAGGAGCUAGAAAGGCAUACCAUUCCCUCUUUGAUCACUCCAUUGAGGAGGAUGUUUCCUACCACAUUGAUGGCCCUGAAAGCAAGCUCUUGGUUGCCCUUGUGAGUGCCUAUAGGUAUGAAGGACCAAAGGUUAACAAAGACACUGCAAAAUCUGAGGCCCAAACACUUUCGCAUGCCAUUAAGAAUGCAGACAGCUCAAACCCCAUUGAAGAUGAUGAGGUGAUUCGGAUACUAUCAACAAGGAGCAGGGCUCAUCUCCAAGAAGUAUAUAAACACUACAAGGAGAUUUUUGGCCACAACAUUGAUGAGGAUGUUGAUGCUAAUUUGAGGUUGAAAGAGACAAUGCUAUGCCUGUGUACUCCCCAGACAUAUUUCAGCAAUGUGUUGGAAGUGUCAUUGAGGAAUGAUGUGGAUAAGAACACCAAGAAGGGUUUGACUAGAGUAAUUGUGACCCGAGCUGACACAGAUAUGAACCUGAUCAAAGAGCAAUACCAUAACCAAUAUGGAGUUUCUCUAUCCAGCAAAAUCGGAGACACAGCUAAUGGGAACUAUAAGGAUUUCUUGCUUACCUUGGUUGCAAGGACUUAGAAUUUGGGAUUUGUUGGGAUUAUUUGAAAUGGUCAUUUAUGCCUGCUAGCGUUCUUGGUUUUUGUUUGUUUGUUUUUUGAACUGGGAUGGAACUCAAACCAGUUGGUUCCAUUCAUUAUAAUAAUAUCAAAACUUUGCAGGGGGACAUUGAACCUACAC